CAGCUCGCUAACGACUGUCAUCUACCUGCGACCGCAGCAGCAGUAAAUUAACAGACAGCAGACGAAACGAUUAGUUUCAUUUGGAAAGUGUUUUGCAUUAAUAGGGAGAUUUAACCUAUUCGUUUAAUUAUUAGGAAUUCGUACGGUCAUCAAGUUUUUGUUGUUCUGAUUAGCUCAGCAGUUCCAGAAAAUAAAAGCAUUCUAAAUCGUAGACGGACCAAUUUUUCUUCGCUGAUUGUGAGUGUGCUCUCUCUAUCUCUCUCCCCGUCUGAAGGGUAGUGAAAAAAUCCACUGCGACGGGACGGAAUUGACAACAAAACGAUGAGCUCAUCACACUGGGAAGAUUUCUACGCGACCCAUUUGCCCCCGAACUGCUUCGAGGAUCACCGGUCGCUGCUGAAAGAAUUUUGCGACCGACACUACAAACUCAAGAGCAACAUCGUCCUCAUUACGUCGGGUGGCACCACUGUUCCGCUGGAACACAACACGGUGCGAUUUGUGGACAACUUCAGUGCCGGUAAUCGUGGCUCGGCAUCGGCCGAGUACUUCCUGGACCAUGGCUAUGCGGUCAUUUUCAUGUACCGCACCAAAUCGUUGGAACCGUUCUCGAGGCAUUUCACCGGUCAACAGUUGCUCGAUAUGCUGGAAUUGCAUGAGGAAGGAAUGAGCACCACAAUCACCGUGAAACCAGAUUCCGUGGACGUGUUGGCACCGAUUUUGGAUAAAUAUAAAAAUGCCCAGGAAAUGAACCGGAUGCUGUAUAUCACCUUUACCAGCGUAGUCGAUUACAUGUGGUUACUGCGGGCGGCUUGCGAAUGUUUGGCAGCAUUCGAGCGAGAUGCCGUUCUGUAUUUGGCAGCCGCAGUGUCCGAUUUUUACGUGCCCCAGGAUGACAUGCCGACACACAAGAUUCAGUCGGGUCAUGGUGCUCCCACGAUUUCGCUACAGUUGGUACCGAAAAUGCUCGCACCACUGGUCAGCCUGUGGGUUCCGCUGGCCUACGUCGUUUCGUUCAAGCUGGAAACGGACGAGAGUAUUCUGAUUGCCAAAUCACGUGAAAGUUUAAACAAAUACAAGCACAAACUGGUGAUUGCCAACAUCCUGCAGACUCGCAAAAAUCGAGUGGUUUUUGUGACGCCCACCAAAGCGUACGACGUGCUGCUGUCGAAGGAACAGGCCCACAAGGGUCAGGAGAUCGAGGAGCACAUCGUUGCCGAUGUCGUCCGUCGGCACCAGGAGUUUGUGCAGGACGGUGAACUGCAGCAGUUUCAGCAACAACAGCAGCAGCAACAAUGACCCUUACGAUCUCCGCGGUCACUCGUGGCGGGAGGAUCGCAGUAUCAGUUCGGACAGCACCAAGCACAGAUGUUGCAGCAACAGCAGCAACCGUCGCUGCCACCGCAACACCAUCCGGCACAGGUCGAUUGUCGGGUGACGAUGCCGCACUUUUGCAAGAUACUGAAUCCGGGGAGAAAAUAUUGAACGUGAUUUGAGAUGGAUAAUUUUUGUUUGUUUGCUGAAAAUCGUUGAUUUAAUAAGGUGUACUGUUGGAAACUCGUGUGUGUAGUUGUAUAUUAGCUGUGUUGUUCUAAGGGAAACAAACAGACGUCUAUCAGUGGAAAUGAUGAGCGAAAAAGUGAACCUUAAUUUUAGUAGGAGAUGGAUACUUCGACUAAUGCUAGAGCAUUAGGGAGUAUAAGUUGUAUACUGUUUUAACGUGCGCAGACUGUAGUGAGUUAUUAGAAGAAAACGAAGAAAAAAAACCUUGGUCUGAUUAGUUUAAAAAUCCCUAGUUGACUAUCAGUAAUGUUUCGAUUCCGGUGCAAACUUGAGUACAUAAUGCUAUCUAAGAUUUUGAAAUUUGGAAACGCUUUCACACAGUAGGCUGUGACGAUUGACGGAAGUGUGUUAUUGAGUAUCAAUAAUUUGACAGUAGCUCUUAUGGGAGAGAUUUUGAGCAAAAGAAUUUGAAGUUUUCAUCAUGAUUUUUAUUUUCUAAAGGAGUUGUAGAUAUUUUGACGAACUGAUUUAAAAUUACUUCUGAAUUAAUUCUGAUUAAUGUGCCGUGUUUUUUCAUAAGCCUAGUCAGCAUGUUUGCUUACUCGUUGCUAAGUGAUGUCGUUUUCGCUUCAUGCCAAAUCUAACCUAGCGUUCACCCUAAUUGCUGUCAAAUUGUUCUCUUGAAGACAGUUUCGAACCGUGUUUCUACGUCGUUGAGUCAGUCUCGAACCUGAUUAUUAUAAAGCUGCGCGUGUUCAAAAAAGUAAGGGUGUGUAAUGUCACAGUCUGAACUGGAUGUCGUGAAUACGAAUACAACUGAAACACUUUCUUCUUACAUUCGAAUAUCAAUUAGUUGAUCACUUGUAUUAAUUAUGCCAGCUUUCACAACUAGAAUUUGAAACGAUGCACCUAAACUGAGUCGGAGCUAUUCAUUUUAUAUAGCAAAUUAAUAGAAAGUUCUUACAACUGCGAACUCCAACUGGUUGAAAAAAAGGACCGUAUUUAGUACCGUUAAAGUAAAAUUUCGUAUAGUUCUUUGGGAAUAUGUUAAUGGUUCUAGAAAGAAACGACUCAAAGAAUUCAGAAAUUAGGGACUGGACCUGAGUUCAAGACAGUGGCGUCUCGUCCUUAUGUGCACCUCGUGCACUGCACAACUGGUCGAAUGGGCUCUAUGAGAACUUGUAUGCACACAUUCAGGAGAGGCUUCAGUGGCUUAUGCUUAUGGCAGUUGAAAACAAAUUGCUGUCUCAGUUGCAACGUCGAAACGGUUCUGAUAUCAUACCAUAUAAGCAGUGCACAACCCGUGAAUUUUGUCACGCGACGCCAUUGGUUCAAGAACUACAUUCAGAACUUAGAACAGACUCAGAAUUCAAUUGCAAUUCAGGUGCAUGCAGGUUCUGAAUUCUAUAGCCUGUAUUCUGGAACUAAGCGCCUGAAACAUAAUUUUGAAACUAAAUGCUCCUCUCGACGAUUGAAGUCCAAACAGAAGCACGACCUAAGCGUUUGAGGUUUUAUACUUGGUUUGAUCUUACUGAUGUUGGCAGAAGAACCUCACCUCGACAUCGAGUUCCGUCUGAAGCACUAGAAAAAAAAAAUAAACCCGUCUAGUAGAUAAUCGGAGCUGAUAUGUGCUUGACUACCUCAAAACUGCCGUCCGGGUGCGAAAAAGGCAAGCAAGUGUGAUGAAUUUUCCUCAUUAUUUCCACAAGUUUUUCAACUAUUCUCACACUGUUGAAAAUUUAAUCACAAAUUCCUGAUCAUACUUCCGAAAGCUUGUAAAAAAAAUUAUGUUGUUGGGUUAAGUACAUCAAGAGAUAAAGUUCUGUCCAUUCUUGUACAGGGUAAAUUUUGAAAAGGCACCCCAUAGUAAAGUAAGUCGUAUUCACGACAAUAAAAAUCCUGUGCUCAGUACUGCAGGCUGCAGACAGAGUAGAUGCCGGAAGCUGAUCCCUAGCGUGGCGCUGAUCAAAGCGGGAAAUGUUUUCACAACAAAUGAAAGAGAGCCCGUCAGAGUGAAAGCUGAGCAGGUUUCUCGCUUGUCCUCUGACAGGGUCCCUUUGAUUUGAUGCUAGUAUCAUUCCCGCUUUUGGUCUGCUAAUGUCAGUCACCUUCUCGGCUCAGUUUCUCGCGCUUUGUCUGCAGUAGGCCCAGUCAGUUUCAGAAGCCUGCAACUUUUGACAACUAUGGUUUUGUUUUUUUUCUCUUUGUUUCUUUGCUGCUCGUUAUCAAUUUUUUAAGUAGUGCUACCAGCUAUGCAGAUGUUUAAGAAAGUUCCAGAGAAAAACUAUUUUUUUCGUUGAUUUUCUCAACUUUUUUUCGGCAACCAUGUUUGUGCAAAAAGGAGUGUGGUUAAAAAACUGUGUCAAACAGAGAUGCCAGAUCUGCAGGUUUGUCUGUAAAUCUGCAGAUUUCGUAUAUAGUGCUGCAGACAUUUUUUGUUGUGCAGACUUUCGCAGACUUUUGAAAAUCGAGUUCUUCGCAGACUUCCGUCAAAAUCUGCAGACCAACUACUUUAUCCAGAAAUUGCUGAUUUUUUCGGAUUUACUGACUUUUGCAACCCUGUCUGAAGAUGUUUGAAAUUUGCAUCUCUGGUGUCAAAAGUCCAGCUUUAGAAGCAACCUUCAAUACAACCAACAGACAAAAUCUCGGUUGAUUUUUCAGAAGGCCGUAAAAGCAAGUGACAGUUUCUCUUUGUUUACUUUCUUUUUCGAUUAUUGUGAUGUGAUUAUAAAGAUUUUCUAAGUUUUCUCAAUUCUGUUUGAAAGUCGAAACUUUCCGGUCUCACUUUAUGCAAAGAGUCGAGUGAUAAAAGUGAGAAUGAGAAAAAAAACGUCUUGUGAUCAAAACGAAUUUCGGGCUGAACGCGUUUUUCUCGAAACACGUUCUUCAAAAUCGGGUUAAUUCGCAGCAGCUACAAAUCUUUAUCGAUUGUUUCCAAAUUUUGAGCAGACUUUUGUAAACACAUUAUCUAGUAUACCACGUAGAGGUUUUUCGAUAUGUUCUAAACUUGUUUUUAAUGAAAAUUUCAUGUAAAAAAUUGAACUUUUCACUUAUAUGCUCAUAAUUUUUCAAGAAAUCAGUAUUUUCAACUUGUUCUGGUUCUUGUUCCUGCUUCAAAUUUGAAGACACAGUCGAUUUCCCCUUUUUAGACCUCCCGGAAACUAGACAGCAGCAGCUUGGUCAUGAAGAGACUAUUUUUUAUCGGAAUUAUGUUACAAUAAUUGAUUGAUUAAACACUGAGAAAUAAAUUUCGAUAGCUUUCACUAUAUUACCGGAAAACGUUUCUAAAAUUGUCGUUUUUUUUUGCGCGCAUGAUGGCCUUACCCCUUAAGGAGGAGCCAGGUUUGAAGCCAAUUUUCGAUUUAUCAGAUCGUGCUGCAUCAGUCGGAAUAACCAGUAAUUAGAAGGAGCAAUGUCCGGAGAAUACGGCGAGUACGGAAAAAAGGUUCCACUUGAGCGUCUCCAAAUAUUUUUUCACGACUUUUGCGACAUGAGGCCGAGCGUUGUCAUGCAGGAGAAUAACUAUAUCAAGUCUUUGCUUGUAUUCCGGCCAUUCUUCUCGUAAUGCACUGCUCAAACGCGUCAGUUGUGGCCUGGUUAUAGCAACUCAUAGAAUAUUCGAUGUAAAAAACCCUUUCUUUGUUCUUCGCACGCAAGUGAAAAAUCGCCUUUCAAUGUCUCUCGAUUUCAGUUCAAAAGGCACCAUUUGCCUUGCUUUUGAAUUGUUCCCAUGGAUUUUUAUCAUGCAAAAACUGCUGUUUGAGUCUCUUCCAAUGAUUCUGCAAGCUUCUCUUGUGAUUGACUCGGAUCUUCAUCGAGUAACGCCUCCAACUGUUCAUCUUCAAUUUUUUUGUUGUCAUGAGCGAGUCCUGUCUUCAACGCUGAAAUCUCCAUUCUUGAUACUUUGAAACCAUUUCCUACAUAAUUCAUCAAUUGAAACACUAUCACCAUAAACAUCCACAAGCGUUUGUUGCGGUUCAGCUUCACGCAAAAAUUUAACACAGUGAAAAACAGUUUUUAAAAAGAACUCGAAGCAAUAUGAACUGAAUAAUAAUGACAGAUGUCCAACCUUUCUAAACUAUCGAUAUCAGCUGUUACUGUUCAAUAUUCAUUACUGCAGGAGCUUUCUUUUAGAAAAGGGACCGAACUAAUUUGUACUCCCGAUAUUUGCUAUUAAUUAUUUUCAUUAUUUCAUUACGUUUGCCGAUGGUUCAAGUGGAACCGCUAAUUUGAACAAGCGAUUUUAUUUGAGCUGCUAAGCACGGAUGGGACGAAGACGAAACGUGAAGAAAACCAAAAGUGUCCUAUCAACUCCAAUAAAAUUCCGAAUAGCAUGUACCGAAAAAAAUUCAUUUAAAAGACGGAAUGCGAUUGCAACAAGUUAGUUUUUAGUUUUGUUUACUAAGCUUUCCUAAAUACACUGUCAAAAAAAACAAGACACACUCCAGAGUAAAGAAAAAAACAGCAAUUUUUCUCCCUGCUAGAGCAAACAAAAUUAUAUCACAGAAAAUAGAGCUUCUCUAUUUCAACACAACGUAUGGAUGCAUGACACAUGAAAAAUAUUAGAAACUUUGAGACAACUAUGCGUUUAACGUCUAAACACAGGAGAGCACAGCAAAAAAAAAGAAUGAAUAUUUUAUGAACUCUUGUAUGGAUGAGAAAUGACAGCUGCACUUCGCAACAGAGUAGAGAUAUGAUAGAAGAACAACCAGAUGAUAAUUGUUUUAGAAUUACUAUUGCUCUAGAAGAGACAGUCAUUCCGUAGAUAACGAUAGGGGAAAAGUAGGAAGUGGGGAAACUAGUUUUUAGAUUGUCAUCCAAAAACAAAUAAAAUAUAUACAUGCCGCACCAAAUUCUGUCAGUUUGUGACUCAUUGUAGGAUUUAAGUGCAUUCUGUUUUGUUCGAGAUUGGAAAAUUCUGUCACUUUGGUCGGUUCAAAUACUAACUAAGUUAAACUUUGUAGGUUUCUAAGCGUUGAUUGGAUCCUUGGCAGGGGGAUAAUUUCUAACAAAGAAUCGUUCCUACAGGUUUUUUUCACUACUUCGACUAGAGAAUAACGGUUCUUUGUUAGGUGUUAUCACGCCCGAUUAGUUAAGACAGUUAACAAAAUUGGGAAUAAAAUAUGAUAUUACCGGGCAGCUUGUUUUGAUUUUUGGACUUAAACGCUUAAGAAUCUGACUGGCCAAGUGACUCUCAUCUUGUCGAAAAAGCGGAAACAAACUGCCUUUAGAAAAAUUUUAAAAAUAUUUACCCCCCCUAUCUCGAGUAUGCCGAAAAGAGUCAGUAGGUCAAAAAAAUUGAAAAGCAAAUUUGCUUCAACGAAAGCUUCACUCAUUUUCCAAUAUGGAAGCAACUUCAACAAAAACCGAAGAAAAAACGAACCAAAACUGAACAGUAGAUAAAACAAACAAAAAACACUCUUGACUCGGUUACAUAUCAGCAGUACGACCAAGUAGAGAACAGAAAAGCGCCUUUGUUUUUCAAAGAUAGACAACCCAAAUAGUCAAACAGAAAAAAAAAACCGAUAGAAAAGCAAUCGACCACCCUUAAAAAUGACAAACUGAAAACAAAAAAAAAAUCGAACCCUCAAGCCCAAAAUAGAAGAACACACGGUAAUCAAACUGAGCAACAAAAUGUUAGAAACAAAUGAUGAAACCUAAUCCACAAUCAAAGUAACUGAUUAUAUUUGAAAGCAUCCAUUUAGAGAGACUGUAACAAGCAAAAAAAAAAAGAAAACAAGAAGGUCCUAUACACCAAAAUCUCGUCUCAUAGUCGAGUGCAAAUGUGCAAAACCAGCUUAGUACCAGUAAGAAGAACAAAACAAAACGAAGCAAACCCCACAACCAAUCAACAGAUGAAUUCAAAGUUCCAUUGCGCAGACGGAAUUGCAUGCAAGACGAAAUUGAAAAAGCAAAACGAAAAAAAACGCAUACAACAUUCGAGUGAGAGACGCCUACUUUGUUCGAAUGGUUUCUUCUCUAAGCACCGAGAAAAUUGUCGAAGUGAAAAUUUUUCUUUUUAUAACAGCAUACUUAAAGCGAUAAUACACGGAGGAAAAUACAGAAUUUUUGUACGACCAUCGUCCUCUUUCAGGUGGGAUUUCGAUGUUGAUGGGAACUAAACUGCUACGGCACUGAAUCGUUUCGGAAUGGUUUAAAUAGAAUCCUUUGAAUCCACCGUAAGGAGCCAAAAAUUAUCAUCACGAAUUUUCUAAAAUGAUAGUUUAAAAUUCUUGAACACAUCUAAUCGCUAAAUCGAACAAUGGUAAGUAGCGGGACGCUUGGCGGUUAAAAUUUGAUGAUAUUCAAUCAUGAAAAAUUAUCAUAGCCCCCGUUUUUUCUGAUUCCAUGAGAGAGUGUCGCUCAAAUGAGUUCAAGGAAAACCUUUUCCGAUAAAAAUUAUAGAAAAUUUAGGGCAAUAGCGAAAUUCACUUUCAAUUUUCAUGGCAUUUUCCAUUAACUUUUUCAGUGCUGAUCGUUAUCGAAACUGUUAUUUGCACUUAAGACUUUUCUAUUAUUCGACCCAUUACCGGUAUAACUCAUUUAAUGGCUGAGGCCAGUGUGUUUAAGGGAGUAUUAGAGACCUUUUUUUCUCGCUUCAAUCUGAUUUUCUCAGAAACGGUGACGAAUAUAAAAAAAACCAACUGACAAUCUCUUAGGCAAAUUAGUUUAGAUUUUUCAGUGAAAAUUUCAGAAUGAUUCAUUGACCUUAGCGGUCGGGAAAGUCUUUUUUCUGAAGGAAGAAUUGCAUGGCCUAAAACUCCGUCUUUCAACUUGUACAUUGAAUAUCUCGCCUUCAAAAGCAUGGAUCAAAAAUCUAUCCUGACAAUGUCUAGAUAAUUUAAUUUAGAUACGACUAGUGCAUAAAAACAUAUAUGUUGUCGCGAUGCCAAUGAAGUGAAUGCUAUUUUUGUGAAGGUAAGUCGAUUUCUAUGGCGGCGCCAUAUUUUCUGAGAGAGCAAUAAAAUCGGCUCAGAAAGGCCGCCAAACAAGCUUAAUGUGAUGUAGUCCGAAGUGUAACCGAAAAUAUCAAAACUUUCUUGGCCACCCGGCGACAUCGAGAGUCAUUUUGUAUAUUUGCGAGAGAGCAUGGAGAGAAGUGUAAUACGCACAGCGAGCCACGUGGUUUUACGCGACCUACUGGCCUCAGCCCUUUAUGGGUAAGUCUCGGUUGAUUUUUCAAAAAGCCGUAUGAGCAAGUGACAGUUUCUCUUUGUUUACUUUCUCUUCUAUUAAUUACCAAGCGGUUUUCCCGCUUAUCAUUCAACUCUUUGUACAAAAUGAUAACCGAAACCUUCGACUUUCGGGUAUCAUUUUGCAAAAUUCAAGAAAAAAAAUACAUAAUCACGUCACAAUAAUCGAAGGAGAAACAAAGAGAAACUGUCACUUGCUCAGGCGGGGUCAGGUUAAUUUCGCCGAAUCGUUCAAUUGUCUUAAUGUCCCAAUGGGAAUUGAUUUAAAAUAAAGACAGAUGAAGGAUGAUAGUUUGUAGUUCUGAAAUGUUUUUUUAUUAACAGUAACGAAUAAAUUCAUUUCCUCGCGCUCAAUACCGGAAAGACUACUGUCUCGAAUAAUGUUGAUUUAUAGUCUUCAGAAAAAAAAUUCUCAAGAAAACUUGUUGAUUUUAUUAGCUACUAAGCAUCAAAGCAAUUGCUUUUGUUUAUCUACUUGGCAAAUGUUUGUGCUAUUUUCCGUUAACUGAAAUGGAAAAAUUUCUACCGGAAAUGUUCACCAUAACCCUUCCAAAUUUGAUUGACAUUGUGAGCCUUCAAAUAAGUCUAGGUUUAUCGAAUUUCGUUGAGUCAUCUUCGAGAAAACUCAGCCGAUGAAAAAUGUUCGGUUAAUCGGGUACGUCACUUAUACCAUUAUAUCUCUGGAACCAGAACUGACAUCAAUUUGAUCAAUUAAAUUUGAUCCAGAGUUCAAUACUAGCUUUCAAACGAACCAAGGUUUGAGAAAAUCGGUUAAGUAACUGCCGAGAAAAUUGAGCAGUAACAAAACAACGCGUUUUGUCGGUUAUGUUAUUUAUACCGUUAAAUCUCCGGAACCGAAAGUAACAUCCAUUUGUCCUCGAAACUUGAUCAAUGGUCUAAUAGUAGCUUCCAAACAAGCCUUAGCUUGCUAAACUCGGCUCAGCCAUCUCUGAGAAAAUUGAGCGAUAAAAAUAUCUUCGAAAAGCGCAUAUAAAGACUAAUGUUUUGCUGGUAUCUCUAUGGCAACACUGUUUUCGACAGAUCAAACACUGUUUUCGACAGAUCAAGCGUGCCUCGUGUCUUGUGUCAUUGUCAAACUUGUUCAGUUUGGUCUAUAAUUUAAUCAUGAAUCGAUUUUCAAUAGUCGGCCUUUUGAGGGGUAAGUCAACCAGACCAGUCAGAAGCAUUGGAAUAGCUACCAAUGCAUCACAAAAAGUACCUUUUUGGUGUGAAUUAUAGGCCGGUGCUAUCAUCGGGCCGUACUUCUUCAAAGGCGGGGCUGUACAUUACUGUGAAUGGCGAGCGCUAUCGUUUUUUCCCAAAGUGGAAGGAUUGGAAAUGCCGGACAUGUGGUUUCAACAAGACGGUGCCACAUCCCACACGGCACGCAAAACAAUGACCAAAUUGAUAGCCGGCUUCGGUGAACAGUUUACAUUACGUUUUGGGCCUGUCAAUUGGUUGCCUAGAUCGUGUGAUUGAACUUCUUUUGGACUGUUUCUUGUUAGGCCAUGCUAAGGCCCAUGUCUACAAGUCUAUAAACCAGCAACGAUUGACGCACUGGAAACCGAUAUUGAAGCAUUUAUACGAGAAAUACCGGCCGAUAUUUUGGAGAGAGUGUGCCAAAAUUGGACCUUACGCAUGGGUCAUCUCAAACGGAGCCGCGGCCAACAUUUGCAUGAAAUCGUCUUCAAACAUUGUGUUAUAUAAAUCGUUCUACCUCACCUUACCUAACAGUUAUAGGCCUGGGGUGUCCUUUGCUGUAUCAAGCAUACGUUUCCACAUAACUCGGUCCAUGGCUGUUCAUCGCCAGCCACUCAAGGCACGGAUGCUUCUGAGAUCACCCUCCACUUGAUCGAUCCACCUUGCUCGCUGCGCUCCACGUUCCGUCUUCCAUCUGCACUCCGCCAUAGAUGGUCCUCAGUACCUUUCUUUCGAGAACACUGAGGGCGCGUCGGUCCUCUGCCAACAUAGUCCAGGUCUUGUGGCCAUAGAGAACAACCGGUCUAAUGAGUAUGUUUCCAUCAUCUUCUCAAGGUUACGUGUCACAAUAUCAAUAUCGUCAACGAAGCCAAAAAGUUGUACGGACUUUCGGAUGAUCGUGCCACUCGUGUCGAUCCUCGCUCUUCGAAUCACACCUUCCAAGGCUAUAAUGAACAACUUACAAGAGAGUCCAUCACCUUGCCGUAGCCCUCUUCGAGAUUCGAAGGGACUCGAGAUCGUUCCAGAUACUCGGACGUAGCACAUCACUCUAUCCAUCGUUGAUUUGACCAAUCGCGUCAGUUUAUCCGGGAAACCGUAUUCGUGCAUGAUCUGCCAUAGCUGUUCUCGAUCGAUUGUUUCAUAUGCCGCUUUGAAGUCAAUGAAUAGGUGAUGCGUGGGUACGUUGUAUUCACGACACUUCUGGAGUACUUGUCUUAUCGCGAAUAUGUGAUCCGUUGUGGCACGGGCUCCAGUAAAUCCCACUUGGUACGGCCCUACGAAUUCCUUAGCUAUUGGUGAUAGGCGACGGCGAAGGAUUUGGGAGAGUACCUUGUAGGCGGCGUUCAGCAAUGUGAUUGCGCGGUAAUUGCAACAGUCUAGCUUAUCGCCCUUUUUGUAGACGGGACAUACCACUCCAUCCAUCCAUUCCUGCAGUAGAAUCUCCUCCUCCCAAAUCUUUGAAAUCAUCCAGUGCAGCGCUCUAGCCAGUGCCUCUCCUUCAUGUUUGAGCAGCUCGCCUGGUAACUGGUCAUUGCCCGCGGCUUUGUUGUUCCUCAGCUUGCCGAUCUCCUCACUUAUCUCCGUCAGAUCAGGUGCCGGGAAUCUGUCGUCGGCUGAGCGUGCACCCAGAUUGAUUCCUGUGUCGUUCUCUGUAUCUUGUGCUUCGCCAUUCAGAUGCUCGUCAUAGUACUGCUUCCACCUGUCGAUUACCUCACGUUCGUUCGUGAGAAGGUCUGCACAUUUCGGCCUACGGCAUGUAGUUCUACGUGAGCGGUUAACCUUCUCAUAGAACUUCCGUGUGUCAUUUGCGCGGUACAGCUGUUUCAUCGCUUCGCGAUCUUGGUCUCCCUGGUAGCGCUUUUUCCUCCGGAAAACCGUGUUCUGUCGGUUCCGCGCCUUCUGUAUCGUUCCUCGUUCGCCCUUCUGCGGUGUUGCAGCAUCCUCGCCCUUGCUGCAUUCUUCUCUUCGACCAACUAGUCAAACCAGUCAUUUCCUCGAUUCGAUAACCUCGUACCUAGAACGGUUGCAGCAGUGCUACUCACGGCGGACCUUAUGUUCCUCCAGCCGUCUUCAAGAGUUGCCGCGCCAAUCUGGUCUUCCGUUGGUAGCACUUGCUACAGUUAUUCCUGUGCAGUACGAGCGCUACGUAGCUGCUCGAGAUUGAGUCCCGGUGUUCCUGUGCGACGAGUAUUGUGCACCGUCGAUAGUUUUGAGCGCAUACAAACCGCGACAAAAUAGUGGUCAGAAUCAAUGUCGGCACUGCGGUCAGUGCGGACAUUGAUGACGACGGAGAAGAAUCGCUCGUCGAUGAGAACGUGGUCGAUUUGAUUUUCCGUGUGUUGAUCAGGUGAUCUCCAGGUGGCUUUGUGGAUAUCUUUGCAGGGGAAGAAGGUGCUUCGAACUACCAUACCUCGGGAGGCUGCAAAGUUCGUUGACCGUUGUCGUUUGUUACCGCGUGCAGGCUCUCCAGCCCGAUCAAGGGCCUGUAGAUUGCCCCCGGCCUACCUGAGCAUUCAUGUCGCCGAUUACGAGUUUUACAUCCCGCCGUGGACAGCUGUCGUAGGCUCGUUCCAGCUGCGCGUAAAUGUUUCCUUCUUGUCAUCGGGCCUCGUCUCAUGUGGGCAGUGCACGUUGAUGAUGCUGUAAUUGAAGAAAUGGCCCUUGAUCUUCAAUACGAACAUCCUAUCACUGAUUGGCUGCCACCCAAUCAAGCGCUGACGCAUCUUGCCCAACACUAUAAAUCCCGUUCUUAGAACGCUGGUUGUGCCACAGCUCUGGUAGAAGGUAGUCGCUCGAUAGGCUCGCUCUCUGUAAAGAGAAGGCAAGCCCCCCUCCUUCCCUGUCAGCAUACGACCAAGGUCCCACCGGGGUUGGUUACCCGAUCUUUCCUAUGGUUACUCGUACCUCAGCCGGCACCGCGGGGAGGAGGCUAAGAACCACAUUGGGACCUGAAUUGCGCGUUGUCCAGUCGUUUACCAACUAAAAUGUACGCCACUAUGUUCAUUAUUAUUUUCAGCUGUGAAUCUCAUUGCAUCGUACUGAUAAUGAAAUAGUAGACUUUCAGCAAGAAUAUUACAUUCUACCCGGUUCGAAUCCCGGAGGACCUUUAGCAAAGAAUAAUGAACUUUAUCAAUUUAUGUUUAUGUUAGUAUUCUAUUUUUUUUGACACCAACAAGGAAUAGGAGAAGUCCUUCAUUGAGUACACUUCUACUUGGUCAUAGAACAAUCGAGUAUCCCAUUUGACAGUCACUUUCACAGUACAGAUUAGAUUUUAGUCAGUUUUUCAAGGUCCUUCGAUGUGACUGACAAAUUACAACUCUGAUCGGAAUAUUCCGUUUGGAUCGAAAAAUAUAAUUGUGACAAUCGUGAUGUCACUGUUGUCCUUUUCUAAUUGUCGUUCCAUUUUGGCUCGGAAGCCAGCUUACGACUGUAUCGAACAAGAUACGAAAGCUAACUGAUUGGUAGGCAAUUAUAGGUGUAGCCCACCUGGGUUCGAUUCCCAAACCCCGCACAUAGACUCAGAAAGUUUAGAAGAGACGAAUGACCUUAAGGUUGAAACCUCUACAAUGGAAUUGAGAAAAAAAAUUAAUGUUCACAGUCAUUAGUCUUCACAUCCAAAAGAAACAAAAAUGACGAUAACGCUUUGCGGAAUGGUAUAUCGCUUUAAUGUAUAUUCAAAGAUCGGAAACCCUCUUGAAAGAUUUUAAUGGGCUUGGAGUAGAAACGUCGGAACAGAGAAAGCAUUGAAAAAGGGUAAAAGUAUGCCAAGUAUGUCGAAACGAAUGAGUGCUCUUUUGUAGCCGGUAGAUUCAAGUGAACCCUUUUAAAUAUGGUAGAAUAAAAGAAACCUCACAACAAGGAUCAAGAAUGAUGGCUUUAGAGAGUGCACUUUUUGCGAAAACCGUUGAUAAUCUGAAACCCAAUCCAAUAGAAAAAAAUGGUAUUGUCAGUGUAUGAUAUAUAAAUAAAUAGAAAACAAAAUCUAAGCCCACUAGAUUACGCUUUAUAUAUAUAUAUUACCGUAUAUAGUGAAGAUGAAACAAUAAACAACCACACAUAAAUAUAGCGUAUCAUGGUCUGAACAAAAAAUAAAAUAUAAACAACAUGUAAACACAAAUUUUACUCCUCCCGUAAUGAUGAGGCUUCCAACAUCCAUGGAACUAAACAGUAAAUGUGACUAAAUAAACAGACAUAAACUAGUGCA